UAGUUUAUUCUAUAUAGAUAAUAUAAAUAUUUUCUUCUUAAAGCUGCUAGUACGAGUUGGCUUCAAGAGCAUGUUGCAGAUCUUAGUCGAAGCUUGUGUGGAAUUAUUCCAGGACUUAGCAGUAUCUUCCUUCCCCGAAUGAAUCCAUUUGUUUUGAUUGAUCUUGCUGGAGCAUUUGCUCUUUGUAUUACAUAUAUGCUAAUUGAGAUUAAUAAUUAUUUUGCUGUAGACACUGCCUCUGCCAUAGCCAUUGCUCUGAUGACAUUUGGCACCAUGUAUCCUAUGAGCGUAUACAGUGGGAAAGUAUUACUCCAGACUACACCACCCCAUGUUAUUGGUCAGUUGGACAAACUUAUUAGAGAGGUAUCUACCUUGGAUGGAGUUUUGGAAGUUCGAAAUGAGCAUUUUUGGACCCUAGGUUUUGGCUCAUUGGCUGGAUCAGUGCAUGUAAGAAUUCGACGAGAUGCAAAUGAACAAAUGGUUCUUGCUCAUGUGACCAACAGGCUGUACACUCUAGUGUCUACUCUGACUGUUCAAAUUUUUAAGGAUGAUUGGAUUAGGCCUGCCUUAUUGUCUGGGCCUGUUGCAGCCAAUGUCCUAAAUUUUUCAGAUCAUCACAUAGUCCCAAUGCCUCCUUUAAAGGGUACUGAUGAGUUAAACCCUGUCACAUCGACUCCUACUAAACCUAGUAGUCCACCUCCAGAAUUUUCAUUUAACACCCCUGGAAAAAAUGUGACCCCAGUUAUUCUAAACACACAAACGAGACCUUAUGGAUUGGGUCUUAAUCAUGGACACGUACCUUAUAGCAGCAUGCUUACUCAAGGACUUGGAGUUCCAGGGUUGGGAGUAACCCCAGGAUUCAGGACUGGUUUUACAAAUCUACCAAGUAGAUAUGGAACUAACAAUAGAAUUGGACAACCAAGACCAUGAUGUACUGUAACUUAAUUUAUUUGUAUGGGGAAUAUUUGCUCCUUGACUUUCAAUUUAUUUAGUAAUCCAACAAUGUUAGAAAAUAGGCUAGUUCACAUGACAUGAAACCAAUGAAACUAUAUUUUCGUAAAAUGUAUUUAGGACAUUGAGAACCUUAUAAAUGUUAUAGGCUUCCUUUAGAAAGCAUGUUUCUCUAAAUUUGAAUUUUGCUAUCUUUGAUUUUGUAGCUGACUACAGUGUGAUAUGAGAUAAUCUUUACAAGAGAACCACUUGAUGGAGUAAAUCUAUCACAGUAUGUAAAAUAUAAUAUUUUCUUCAGUGAAAUUUAUAAAUCUGCUUCUUGGAUAAUGAUACAUAUUUUAGGAAAGGAAAAAAUAUCCAUUCUAAAAAUAAAAGCCUCUUUUAUAGCUUUUUCUAAACUUAAUUGCUACAUUUUUCUUUGAGGGCCUCCUGAAUUAUGUCUUGCAAAAUAAAAGGGAAAAUUUUUAUCAGAAAUUUUAGAACAUAUUCUACCUACCGUAAUUAAAAAAUUUUAGUUAUCAGUUUUUUAAUAAUUUUUCUUAUUUAAAAAUGUCAGUACAUUUGUAAAUUAUCCAUGGUUCUCAGAGUGUUUUCUUCUGGUGAAAUGAAUACCAAAUCCUUUGGUGAUGUGCAAUAAAGGUAUACCGGUUUUCUCUCACAUUUAAUCAAAUACUGACAUAAUGAUGGAAUUUAUCAAAGUGACAAAAAAGCCACUUUUUCACUUGUUGACUUUUAAUUUUUCAUUUUAUUAACAAAAUAUAUCAAAUAUAUUACCAAAGUAUAUGGAAUUCCAUACAUAAUAUAGGAUUUGAUAUCUUUUCAAAGUUACAUAAUCAAUUUGAGUUUACAUUAUAUAAUUUUGCCAAAACAUAAUGGACCUUAGAUUAUAAAGUACAGUAUUUUUAGAUCUGCUACAGGCAGUUUCUAACUCUGUUUUGCUUUGUCAAACAUAGUGAAUUGUUAACUGUGAUUAUGAGAAUUAUAUAGAUUAUUUUAUUUUUUUAUUAUUUUCCAAAUGCAAAUGUUAAGCACUUGCCAACAUGGCCAGUAUUACUUAUAAAAAGUAUGAUAAGUAGUAGUCACAAAUUACCUAUGAAGUUCUUUUCAUUUUAUCAUGAGUUUUAUGAUUAGAGUUUUAAAAAGGUGUUUUGAGAGUGGAUUCAACUUUUUUGGAAUGCAGUACUCCUGGAGAUUUUUGAGUUUUUCUAGCCAUCAGCCAGUUAUCUAGAGAAGAUUUUUAUAUUUGUAGGAUUUGCAACACUUCCAAAUCCUAUUUCUUCACAGUGGAAUAACAAACAUCUAAGAAGCCAUCUCUAUCAAAGAGAAUCGUAGUUAUCCUGUGAUAAUAAGUGACCAUGUCCCAAAUAACUUUUGCUUGGUGAGGAGUUGGUCAUUGUCUUGACAUCUGCAACCCUGUUCAGGCAUUUGAGCUGCUGAAGAAAUAGAGCCCACACUACCUUGACUGCUGGGGAAAAUGAAACUUUGUAAAAUGUUAUAAGGCAACCUGUUCCUUUCCUUUGUCUUAUGUUCUCCAGUAUUUCUAUACCUAGUGUUUGUUACGGGUUAUUUUUCCUCCAUUGACCUCAUCUAAUGUGAAUUUGGGUCAUGCAUGAAAUCUGAAGAACUGUCAGGUACUGAGUGACAAUUAGGAAGUAUGUGCUAACACCGUAUGCAUGUCUUCUCCAUCCUCAUGGGAUUUUUAAAGGGUCUAGGUACUAAACACAGUUCUGCGUGAGGUUGAGUGCCUACUUCCUCAACACCCAUUCACAAGCAGCACCCAUGCAGUUGUCCCACCAAAGGUGCUUUGAUACCCACCUACACUGUUGGACAAGUUGCCUGUGGAUUCUGAAGGAAUUGGCUCUACAUGCUGAAAUUCUGUAAUGCCAACUGCUACAGGUGACUUUGGUCUAUGCAUUACAUAGAAAAGUCUCGUUAGCCAAGCUCUGGCCAGCUUCUGGAUAUGAAAACAAAUUUGACCAGCAUAGGCCUAUAGGCAAUAGCCUUAGUAUAUCUUGCCACGGAGUCUCUUGAAACUAGACAGAAAAGGAAGUUCAAAUUAACUACUUGGCCUAUGGCUUGUGAUUAAGAGCCAGCUUUAUGGAGUGUGAUUAACCCUGUUUGAGAAAUCGCUGUGUUAUAAUGGAAAAACACUGGACUGGAAGACGAGAUUUGCAUUCCAAUCCUGAUGCUGCCACUAUGUAAGUAGUUCUGUAACCAUGGGUAAGCCAUUUAACUUCCCUGAGGUUUCUCAUCUGUAAAGUUAGGGUCGGGAAUGAAUUAGGUGAUUUGUAAACUAUCAGCUCUAAAAUUUUAGGACUAAAUCUGUGUAAUAUAUGCCCACUUGCUACACAGAAUACUGUGCCCAGAAUUUCUUUCCAGUGACUACCUCAGUAUACGGGCCAUGUGUUACCUACAUCAACACCCAAGUCAUUAAUUUGAGGUGCCAUGAGAAUCGAAGGUGAACUGCAGGCUAACCAUUUAGGAUUUUGUUUAUAUCAGACUUGAAACAGAUUUUUCUUAGACUUCUUUCUUUGUGGGGAAGGAUCGUUUGGGGGAUGUUGGAGAAAAAGAUUAGGACAGCUUCCAUAGGAUGCAAAAGAAUGGGGUACAUUUUUAUUUCUUCCUUAAUCUCUAAAGUCACAGUUGUAAUUACAUACAUGUAUCAUCAACUGUAGAGGACCUGAAUUUCAAGCCUCUGAUUUAGCUGCUCAUAAAACUGCCAAUUUUUUGCUUGACUAAAGGAUGCCGAUCUUUCUGGGGAAUCUGGUCUGCUUAUAUAAGAAAAUGCUUUUUACAUUCCAAAUUGUUUGAAUUAAACUGUUUGAAUAAAGAACAUACAUGGAGUUUUCUCUCUAA